AUGAAAGCUGCUCGGCCUCUAAAUGUACAAUGUCUUCAUUUAGAUUCGACAUGGGUUUUCAAUGAGGCUGAGAACUCAACCAGUGCUAUUGGAGAAAGCCGCAUUGGUUCCCAGUGUCUCAUGGAUUCCAUUACACCUUGGACUUGGAAAAGAACAACAAAUUCAAGAAAUAAGGAAGAAGAACAUAAGUUGUGUCAUGCUCUUUUGUUUCGUGAAGAAACCUUUGAAGAAUUUGAAGAUCUCAAAGUUAUAUUUGAAAGGAAUUUAGCAACAGGCAAAAGUGCAAUUGGAUUAGGUGAUACCACUGAUGCUCGAACAACUAGAAUUGGGGAAACAGAAAAGGAACAAACAAAUUAUGGUGAAGAUAUUUCUUUUAAUGUCCAAGAAAAUUAUGAGCCACAGUCAUCUUUCUUUUGCAGUCCUUCAAACAAUAGUUUGGAAAAACUCCCAUUAAGAAAGAGACAAAAAACUAGCUCUCUUCACAAAGCUGAUGACCCAUUCAUUCAAAAAGAAGGUGCUGAAGAAGCUUCUACUGAGAUUAACGCUUUGACAACAGUCACUCAAAAGCUCUUCAAUUUGAUAGAAGAAAGGGAAACAAGACAGAAACAAGAAGCUGAGCAAAGAGAAGUAGAGAAAAAAAAGAAUAACUUAUGGGAAGCUAUCAAAGAAGUUUCCGAUUUGGAGGAACAUGUACGUUUUGACGCGGUUAAAAUGAUUCAUCAACUAGGAAUGAAAGAUGUAUUCAUUAGCAUGUCCAUUGAAGAACGUUGUGGCUGGAUUAAGCAUAAUGUCAUAGGAUCUUGA